UCUCCCCUUUUCUCAAUCAGCAAAGCUUGCCUUCUUGUAUUCUGAGUGGUACGUACAAUACACUUUAAAGCUGCAUUGAGCUUUUGUUUUUAGCUUCAAAAUGACCAGUUCUAGGGUUAUUGGUGCUGCAUUCUUGGUUUUGCUCUUUGUGGACUUGGCCUUUGCUGCUAGGUCACUUAAGGCUGUAGGCAAAGGAGGAGGUGGUGGUGGUGGAGGAGGAAGCGGGGGAGGUGGAGGUGGUGGCAAUGGUUUGGGGUCAGGGUCUGGAUAUGGUUCAGGGUAUGGUUCUGGAAGUGGCUCCGGAUAUGGCUCAGGAGCUUACGGUAGUGGAGGAGGUGGUGGUGGUGGUGGCGGAGAAGGUGGUGGAGGUGGCUCUGGAUCAGGCAGUGGGUAUGGGUCUGGGUCUGGGUCUGGAUACGGGUCAGGAUAUGGGUCUGGUAGUGGGAUAGGAAGUGGAGGAGGUGGUGGUGGUGGUGGCAGAGGAGGAGGUGGUGGUGGAGGUGGAGGUAGUGGUAGCGGAGGCGGUUCAGGCUAUGGAUCCGGGUCUGGAAGUGGGUCUGGAUAUGGAAGUGGUGGUGGAAGGGGUGGAGGUAGUGGUGGUGGAGGUGGAGGAGGUGGUGGCAGAGGUGGCGGUGGCGGCAAUGGUUCUGGCCAUGGUUCAGGCUAUGGAAGUGGCUCUGGCUAUGGUUCCGGGUACGGAGGUGGCGGAGAUGAUGAUUACUUACCAUAAAUGAAGGAUGAAAGUUUACUUAGGUAGCCGUAUAUUCAAUCUUUGUCAUUUGUAAUUUUGAAAAUAAAAUUGCAAUGUCUUGAUCCAUGCAUGCAUUUGUAUGGACGGAGUACGUUGCAUUAAGUUAAUGUUAUUAGGACUUUUCUAAGGGUAAUUAUGACACCUUAUUACGUGUCAUUAUUAUGAUUAUUGUAUCAUCAAAAUAAAUAAUAAAUACUAAUAAUUUUCUAUUUUUCUUCUUAAA